AUGAAGGCAAAGGAGAUUUUUCGAAGGAUUGGAUACAAAACAGUAAUAAUAAUCAAAAGAAGCCUUAUUCAAUGCAACUGGAUGAUUUUAGACCACAUCUUUAGGGCAUGUAGAUUAGCAAGAAGAUUGAUUAGAUAUACAAAAGCCAUUCUAAGUCAGAAUACAAUCGGAAAUUAUGUCAAGAUGGUGACAUUAGACAAAUUUUGUCGCUUUUAA